UUUCAGUACCAAAAUCGGUAACCCUGAGCUACACUCGGGCUUACCAUGCAGCGUUGCAUAGGGAGUCCCUGCAGCGCUUACCUUGUCCUUCGCUCCCGCGAUGCGUCCCCUGCAGCGUCCCCGGCCAUCUCCUCCGGCCGAUGCCGGCAUCCGGCUUCCGUGUUCCGGUCCCUGUGACGUCGGGACGUACGGGCGCCGGAACCGGCGGCAAAUUUGAAAUUUUAAAAAAAUUUUCAUUUUUUUAAAAAUGUGCUUUGUCCUGUCCCCUGCCUGCAUUUUGACUGUUCUUUCUG